AUGGCCGAUGGGACACAUCGUCAUCGCAAUCCUUCCUCCAUCUCCUCCUCGUCGUCGUCGUCGUCGUCGAAUCAUCAUCAUCGCGUGAAAUUUCAGAGAAGACGCUCGAAUAACAACAGCGGCAACAGCAACAGCAACGGCAACAGUAGUAAUAAUGCUCAAAGUCAGAGAUACAAUUAUCAGCAGCAGCAGCAGUACAGCAGGAGACAACAACGACAACGCCAAGACUUGCGUCUGUCUGCCGGACGAUUACGCGCCCAAAGAGUUUCCCAGCGUCUGGUCGGAACUGAGGUGAGCGUCGUCAUUCACGUAUACCUUCUACGAAUAACUCUGAAUCGUUCGACUCUCGCGCGUUUCAGGGCGAAGGAGCAGCUGUGCGACGGCGUGAUCCUCUGCGCCGCAGGCACCCAUCACCGCGUCCACCGCGUCAUCCUCUCGGCGGCCAGUCCGUACUUCCGAGCUCUCUUCACCGAUUGUCUUCGCACUUCACCUGCACCUCCGUCCACGAUCCGUCUCGAGGACCAGCCGCACGAGCUCGUCGGCGUGCUGCUCGACUACUGCUACCGGGGCCAGUGUCGAGUCACCGCGCGCAACGUCGAGCUGCUGCUGCCGCUGGCCGACCGCCUGGGCGUCGUCGGCUGCGUCCGGCUCUGCUGUCGCUUCCUCAUCCAGCAGCUCAGGCCCGACAAUUGCCUCGGCAUCCGUCGCUUCGCCGCCAGCUACUUCUGCCAGGGCCUCGAGGCCAAGUGCCGCGACUACGUGCUGCGCAACUUGGGCGCGAUUCUGCGCCAGUCCCGAGAAUUCCGGGAGCUCGACUUGGCGGAGCUGCUGCGGCUGCUGGGCGACGACGAGCUACAGGCGCCCGGCGAGGAGCUCGUCUUCGAGGCCUGCCGCUCGUGGCUGGAGGCGGAUCCGCGCGCGAGAGCACGAGAUCUGGCCCGGCUGCUCGCCGACUCGGUGAGAUGGGGCCUGAUGCGGCCCGAGUACUUUCGCGCCCAGGUGGAGACCUGGGAGCCGGCCCGGAGGUCCAGGCAGUGCUGCAAGUCGGUGCUCGGGCCCGCGCGAAGAUACUUGAUCGAGGCCGGCACGCAGGAUCAGAGGAGGAGACUGCUGCUGCUGGCCGGACAGGAGGAGAGCAGCGGGACGUGGACGAGGCCGAGGGUGCCGCACGAGAUACUCUUCGCCAUCGGCGGCUGGACGUCCGGCUCGCCGACCAACUUCGUCGAGACUUACGAUACUAGAGCCGACAGAUGGUACCUGUCCGCGUGGAUGGACUCGACGCCCCGGGCCUAUCACGGGGUCUGCAGCCUCGACCGGCUCAUCUACAUAAUCGGCGGCUACGACGGCCACAAUUACUUCCACACGGUGCGCAGCUUCGACCCGGUGAGCAAGGAGUGGCGCGAGCGGGCCUGCAUGUAUCACGCCAGGUGCUACGUCAGCACGUGCGUUCACGACGGAAAGAUCUACGCUCUGGGCGGCAACAGCGGCAUGACCCGACUGUCCUCGUGCGAGCGCUACGACCCGGCGGCCAAUCAGUGGCAGCUCAUAGCCCCGAUGAACUGGCCGCGCUCCGACGCCUCGGCAGCGGCCCUCGACGACAAGAUCUACAUCGUCGGUGGCUUCGACGGCCAGCUCGUGCUCGACUACGUCGAGGUCUACGACUGCGCCCAGAACCAGUGGUCCUAUCUGGCCUUCAUGAGCCAGCCCCGGUCGGGCGUGAGCCUCGUCGCCUUCAGGGGCUGCCUCUACGCCCUCGGCGGCUUCAACGGCGUCGAUCGGCUCAGCUCCUGCGAGAGAUACGAUCCCGAGAGCAGUGGCAACGCGACUUGGCAGCCGUGCGGCGCGAUGCUGGACGCGCGCAGCAACUUCGCCACGGCGGUGCUGGACGGCCGACUGUACGCGGUGGGCGGCUUCGACGGCAGCCUGCCCGUGCCCAGCUGCGAGUGCUACGAGCCCGAGACCGACUCGUGGCGCGCCUCGGCCCCCAUGAAUCUCAGCCGAUCGGCGCUGGGCGCCUGCGUGCUGGCGGGCCUGCCCAACGCCCGCGAGUACUCGUUUCAUCGGGAGGAGGGUAGGAGGGACGACGGCGCCGAGGAUAAUACGAGCAACGAUCGGCCGAGACAGCAGCAGAGCAACGGCAUCGGUGGCAACGUGAUCGGUUGA